AUGUCUCUACGUCCCUGUUACUCUUUAUACCUCGCAUGUUCACCGGCUGCUGGUGGUGGUGGUGAUGGUGGUAGUGGUGGCAGUGGCGGUGGUGGGAGAAGUGAGAAGUGGUGUGCAGGGGCUUCAUUUUAUUUUUCUUGUUUAAUACUUCUUAAGCCGUAUGAUUUUACAAAGAUUUUAACACUAUCUUUCCCGUUGUCCUUUAUAGAACAUCAACAAACAAACGGCGGCGUGGUGACCAACGGCGGUACAGUGACCGCGACCACGUUAACGGGUCUGAACGGCAGCACGGCGAUGAUAGCCAGGGAGUGCGCCAACUGCGGCAAACGCAUAACCGAACGGUUCCUGCUCAAGGCUUUGGACCUGUUCUGGCACGAGGACUGUCUGAAAUGCGGCUGCUGCGAUUGUCGGCUGGGCGAAGUCGGAUCCACGUUGUACACCAAAGCCAACCUGAUACUUUGCAAAAGAGACUACCUCAGGUUAUUCGGAGCGACCGGCAAUUGCGCGGCGUGCAACAAGGUAAUACCGGCGUUCGAGAUGGUGAUGAGGGCCAAAAACAACGUCUACCACUUAGAGUGUUUCGCGUGUCAACAGUGUAAUCAUAGGUUUUGCGUGGGCGAUCGUUUCUACCUGUGCGAGAACAAGAUCCUGUGCGAAUACGACUACGAGGAACGGCUGGUGUUCGCCAACAUGGCCACGUACAACUCGUCCAGUCUGGCGCACAUAAGAAGGCAAGUCAGUAGAUUGCAGCAGCCAGCGGCAAACGAACACGCCCACGCAGCAGCAGCAACAGCAGGAGACGUUGUAGGACCGAUCGACGAGGUGGACAGGUGCAGAGCCACCUCGGUCGAGCAACAGCAACAGCAACAGCAACGGCGACCUCUACCACCAUACGACACCGCCGCCAUCGGUUACAGCGGCGCAACAGCAUCACCGGCAUCGGGUCAGCAGCAACAACAUCUACAACAACAGCAACAGCAACAGCAACAACAGCAACAACAACAACAACAACAACAACAACAACAACAACAACAACAACAGCAGCAGCAGCAGCAGCAGCAUCAACAACAUCAAGUGCAACAACACCAACACAUGCAACAGCACCACCAGUUCCUGUCCGCAGCAGCCGGUGGUACGGUGCUGUCUGCACAUAAAUCGACGGUCGUCGUGGGAGGAGGAGGAGGAGGAGGAAUCGGAGGAGGUGGAGGUGGAGGUGGACGAGUCGACGACGGGUCGAGCGGCUACGGAAGUCCGGACUCCGAGACCGGCAUCGAACCGUCCACAGCGGCCGCAGCCGCCGCAGCUGCCGCAAACAUCGGUGGUGCGAUCAUCGGGUCCUCGGCCACCGCGGCACCACCGGUACAAUAAUGCCACCAUUGUACCACCGAUUCCGACCGCGGUAUACACAUACGGACCUCGGUAACCACGGUGCCCCCCUUCCACUACCGAGGCUGAACGCGUAAUUUUUGGUACUUCCAAAUUUACACGUCGUCUCGUGUUGCGUGAAACACUUGCGCUGAGUUACAGACGCGUCUUGCGUGGACCGCGGGAAAAGUCCGUCUGCAAUAAUAAAUUAUUGUGUGUCAUUCCAUCUUAUCGGGCCCGGCGACGACCGAAUUAUGUUGCAAACAUUUUGUCGUCAUCGCGUUACUCCCCCGCAUGCGAUAAUAUAUUACAAUAAUUAUUGUUGGUACCUAAUAUUUUUUAAUAAUACAUAAUUAUAUAUUAUUAUAACAAUAUGAUCACUGUCGAUGAUUCGUACGCCGUAUCGUUCUAGUCUUAAACGAUGCCAAAUUUACCCACACACACACACACAUAUAUAUAUAUACACUAUAUAUACCUAAUGAGUAUAUUAUAAUAUUAUGGAUGUUGAUUUUUUUUUUUUUUCAUUUAAUU